GAGUAGGCGUGUGCGCCGAUUGCGCAGGCGCAGUGGCCGGACGACAGCGGUGUGUUUCCAAAAUGGCGGCGGCGAUGGAUGUGGACACCCCCAGCGGCACCAACAGCGGCGCGGGCAAGAAGCGCUUUGAAGUGAAAAAGUGGAAUGCGGUCGCCCUCUGGGCCUGGGAUAUUGUGGUUGAUAACUGUGCCAUCUGCAGGAACCACAUUAUGGAUCUUUGCAUAGAAUGUCAAGCUAACCAGGCGUCUGCUACUUCUGAAGAGUGCACCGUUGCGUGGGGAGUCUGUAACCAUGCUUUUCACUUCCACUGCAUCUCUCGCUGGCUCAAAACGCGACAGGUGUGUCCAUUGGACAACAGAGAGUGGGAAUUCCAAAAGUACGGCCACUAGACAAAGAAUCCUUCAUCAAUCCUAACUGUUUUGUUACUCAUUUAGCGACUUGCUUUCCCGUUAAUUAUAAAUUAGAUAGAAAUGUGUCUUUUCUCCUGUGUCUUUUCAGUUUGCUGUUCCGGCAGCCAUACUGUACUUUGUGUCAAAUAAAGUCCAGUAGGAUUCUAGAACA